GUGGUGCCACCAAGCAGGAGCUGCUCAGGGACUUUGUGUUGAAGUGCUACAAGCAGAACGACUACGAAGGAAACAAAGGACGCCUCGAGACAUUGAUGACUUACAGGAGGGAGAAAACGAAGUCCCAGAAAAGCAACUUGGUCCGUGGGUGGUGCACGGAACAAGACAUGAUCAAGCUGGGAUGGAACAAGGUGAAAGGAGCCAUGCAGUAUUGCACCCGCCACAAGCUCACGAAGCGAUGCAAGUACACAAACGAAGAAAAGUUCCUCGUCGAGUUGGAGGACAGGGUGGACGACGAGCUGAUGACACGGCUGAAGCUGGAGGAGGAAAUGAGUGCCAUAAGCGGCGACUUUAAGGACGAUGACCCCGUGUUUGCAUUCAACCGCACAGCUGCCUUGGAAGAUGAAGACCAGGGUCCGCCUGCUUCCAGUGGCGGCAAGAAGGUCGUGCUCGAGGAGUGGCCGGAGAUCCUCGAAGACAACUUGAGUCUUAGGAUCAAGAAAUUCAAAGACCAUGCCGUCAAGAGGAAAGGUGUCUUCAAAAACACGGAAGACAGGCUCUUGGAGGAGAAGUGUGCUGGGCACGAGAGUGACUUCAAGAACCUCAAGUCAGCUCUAGGCCCAUCGGUGCGAGUGGCCGCGACCUCGUCGAUGAAGUCGUCACUUCUUUCAUCGUACCUGGGUGUGUCGAGGAAGAUCGCCAAAACCCAUGGUACUGGAAGUGGAAAUCAGUUUCGCGGCCUGGUUCGAAGUUUGCAGAGGCUGUUUUCCUACAUGCUUAACAAUGGCUACUCCAAGCUACUGCUGGGGGGCUACGAUGUCAAAACGGAUGAAUCCAGAACUGUUCUUCGGCAGUGGUGGGAACGCUACAGGGCCCACGACCCCCAUCAUCCAGUCUUCAGCAGCACAGCAUUGGAGGACACGGUGCCACUGGCUGUCUAUGGAGACGAGGGGACUGGUAAACGAAAGCACCCUUGUUAUAUCCUUGCAACCAAGGCAAUGCUCAACUGUCGCAACAACAGCUACUAUCGCAACUUUUUGUACACCAUCGCUGCCCAUGAGCUAUACCGGGGAUUUCACAAAGGUUCAUCGAACAAGAACGAGUGUUUGGAUGAGAUUGUGCGACUUUACUCGCUGGAAGCUGGCUCUCUCUUUCGAGAAGGUUAUCGGGGUUGCAACAUCUAG